AUGGCGUUGAAACACUACUAUGACUUAAUGUCACAGCCUUGCAGGGCUGUCUACAUCUUUCUGAAAUUGAACAACAUCCCAUUUGUAGACAGGCCGGUUGCACUUAGGAAAGGAGAGCAUUUUGGAGAGGAUUAUAAGAAGAUUAACCCCAUAAGUCGUGUCCCAGUCAUAGAUGAUGAUGGCUUCAUUCUCACAGAAAGUGUGGCCAUCCUAAAGUACCUGGCUGCAAAAUACAAUGUGCCUGACCACUGGUAUCCACGGACUGACCUCAAGGCCCAGGCCAGAGUUGAUGAGUUCAUGAACUACCAACAUUUAAACACCAGAAUCAACAUGGCAAUGUUAUUUCAAAAUCUAGCAAUCUUACCAAGGUUGAGAAAUAAACCAAUUGACUGGAAAAAAGUUGAAGGUUUUAGAAAAGGUGUUGCAAUCACAAUUCGCCAAACAGAUGAAUAUUUCCUCAAGGACAAUCGACCAUUUCUUGGUGGCGAUGAAAUCUCAAUCGCAGAUCUCCUAGGGAUUUGUGAAAUGAUGCAGCUUUAUGCCUGUGGCGAGGAGAAGUUUAUUGAAUCCAAUCCAAAUGUGAACGCUUGGGCAGAACGUGUCAAACCAAAACUUGCUCCAUAUUUUGAUGAAGCCAAUGUCAUGGUCUAUAAAGUGCGAGAGCAUUUCUUAAAAACGGCCCCAACACAACCAAAACUGUAGCUACAUAGUGCUGUUAAGUCUGUAAGGUGUCAAUAGAGGUAAAGGUUGAUUAGGAAAUUAGAAAAAAAAUCUAAACCAAUUAAAACAUUUUAUUGGUGCUGAAGCAAGACAAUCAGGAUACUCAGAAAGUGUAUUCUAUUUAUUUAAAUGUUCAGAGUUAUGUAACAAGGUCAGUCUCUUACAAGGGCAAAAAUGUGUUACCCAAACAACAUUCCAAGAAAACUCGUCUACUCAUGUACAUGUGAAUUUAUGAUGUGUGGAGGAAAUGUGGCUACUAUUGGAGGAUAUUUUGCUGGAAUGUUUUACCUGAAGGUAGAGGAUAAAAAUUUCAUGAAAAUUUAUAAUCAGACAUUUCUACUUUUGGAACAAUAAGUGAUUACUGAUGACACUCUAUCAGAUAUGCUGACUGUUGUUUCUGUGUGUAUUCUAGUGAUACUCUAUAAGAUAAUCAGUAGUGUAGUAUAUUCAACCAGACUGACUUUGUGAUGAUAAUGAAGUUUUACACACAGACAACUGUGUGUUGAAGUGAAGUGUCUUAUAAUAAAUUGAUUUUGUGGUAUUAAAUGAAUGUUUGUUCAUUUGGCAGGUGAAAACACUCUUUAAUGUGAAAUCUGGUCGAGAUUUAUAAUGGGAAAUAUACCCAGAAUAACGUGUGUGUAAAUUCAUAGCAACAUAGAUAAAUAUAUCAACACAUUGUUUCCA